AUGACUAAUAUUUACCCUUUCAACAAAACAUGCACUCAUUUAUCAUUAGGUAUAUGUCCAUGUCCCAUAUCAAAAACACAUUCCUAUCAUAUUGGAAAGAGAUGGUGGGGUUACACAACAAACUUAGUGCUUUAUGAUGACCCUUGGAAAGUCAAGAAAGUGCUCCAAGUGAGUGAUCUUGAAGAUAAGCUAUUGUUAGCUACAGAUUUGGCUGAGGAAUUGGUGGUUCCUUUGUUGGGUGCUGGUGCUGAUCUUGAAAGAGGAACUCAUGUUAGGGUUUAUGAUUCUGACACUGAUACAAAGCAUGUGUUGAUUCUCAAGAAAUGUGUUUCUUCAGGAGACUAUGGUUUUUAUGACAAUUGGGUUAAUGAUUUUGUUGUGAGAAGGGGGUUGAUGAAAGAUGAUGAGGUUGGGUUUCAUUGGGAUUCUUAUGAGAAACACUUUGAUUUUUCUGUUUUGUUUAGGACUACUAGAAUGUAG